AUGGGGUGGCUUUUUCCCGGGAAAAAAUCAUCAACAGAACAAUUGGAACGAGUGAAAGAUGAUGCAUUGGCAAAGUCGCCUUAUUCAGCUCCAGAAACGAUAGAACUCUAUGAUCAGGGAGUUUUGGAUCCAUCUAGGCUGCAUCCGCUUGCAGGCCUUGGAAAAGCGCUGGAUUAUCUUUCUUUAGAGGAUGCACAGUUAGCAAAUCUUCCAGGUGGAAAAACAGCGUUUCCAAGCAGAGGGUGGAGUGAUGAUCUUACAUAUGGGACUGGAACAGUAUAUGUUUCUGCUCUUGGUAUUGGAGGUGCUUGGGGUUUUUUUGAGGGACUAUCCAAGGCAAAAAAAAAUGUUUCAACACGUGUCCGAUUUAACAGUAUUCUUAAUGCCAUGACGUCCAGAGGACCUUUCUUAGCUAAUUCAGUGGGUGUAAUUGCUCUUGGCUAUAAUGCAGCAAAUUCUACACUCGGUUAUUAUAGAGGAAAACACGAUGAUAUGAAUUCUAUUAUUAGCGGAGCACUGGCUGGCACUGUUUAUAAAAGUACACGAGGCAUCAAAAGUAUUGUUAUCUUUAGUGGUAUUUGUUCUGGAAUGGCUGGUAUAUGGUGUCUUUCAAAACGACUUUUUAUAUAA